AUGGCAACUGUCCGAAAAACUAGAAAACCCAAAACUAAUAGCUUUACCUCCAUUUUGGAUCAGGUCAUCAAUAAAUAUAACCUAUCGGCUGAAUCAAACCCGCUUCAAUUACGUGCUCAUGCUGAUGAGCUUAGUACUAUGCUACCGGAUUGGAAGGCUC